AUGUACCUAUCUGCCCUGGGCGUACUGGCUUGCCCACACUGUAGAGCCCCGUUCAUCCUUUCAUGCACAGCUCUUCAGAGGGACGAGUUUACUGACCUCCAUAAGCGAGCAAAGGUGUCUGCCAUUCUCACUCGAGCGUGCUGGAAACGAAUUUUGAACUCGUGCAUUGCUGGAAAGAUAGCUGUCCCAGAGAAAUACGCACUACAUGAUAGCGACGUCGUUGAUCCAGAAGCCCUCACCGAUGAAGAGGUCGACCAAUUUUACGAGCUCCUUUUUCUGCAGGCCGUUGUGGAGGGGGAGCUCAUCUGCAGCGGCUGCAAUAAGGCUUAUGAAAUUCGGAAUCGCAUCCCCAGACUUACCCUGCUUUCUUGA